AUGCAAGCCGAGCCCCGCAAGUUAAAACGAACGGCGAACGCAUGUAUUGCCUGUCGUCAGAGCAAGAUCAAAUGCUCUGGAGUCGAACCAUGCGCCAAUUGUCAGAGACGCGCUGUUCCUUGUCGGUUUUCCGAGGAAAACCGUAGGGUUCUGAUAUCGGAACGGUGCCUCCGUGAGUUGCAGACACAGGCUAAAGAGCAGCAUGAGACGACGAAGAAACGAACCCACGAUGUUGCAUUCGAGGAAGUCGAAAAUGUUCUCGGUUCAGAAUCGCGUUCUCCAGGUGCAAAUUGGCCCAGUCCAUUUGGUCUGCCCUCAAUGACGAUGAGGAACACCCAUGAUAAUCGAUUAUCCCGAUGGAUCUGGCUGGCUCCAACAUCUACUUGGUCGUUUACCGCUCGCCUCACUUUGAUGAUGUCUCAAAGGCUGCAUCCGGACGUGGCCUACGAUAUUCCCUACUAUCUUGAUGGAGAUAUCUAUCCUCUACAGUGGAAGUCGUCUUCUGAUGCUGCUCCUGAUAUCAGCGGUCUCCCGUCUAUGGACUACGCUCUUUAUCUCUUCAACACAGUCAAGUUCCAUCUGGGCCAGACUUUCCGGCUCUUGGACGAGGAGACCUUCACAACGCAUAUGCAAGAGUUCUACUACGGCGAUGCAACCAAGAAAGCAACUGAUAGUCGGCUGUGGUUCAUCCAGUUUUUGCUAGUGUUGUCUUUUGGAAAAGCGUUUCUUGACCAGUCUAAGAAGAGAGACCCGCCAGGUGCAGCAUACUUUGUCCGUGCCAUGUCUUUGAUGCCAGAUUACAGUUCUAUAUGGAGAGAUACUCUUCUGGCCAUCGAGGUCAUGGCUCUAGCAGCUUUGUAUCUCUACUCAAUUGAUCGACGAGAGUCAGGACACCUUUUUGCUAGCCAGGCCAUCAGGAUUGCGCAACUUGAAGGUUUACACACGGAGCUUCCAGAGCAAGAGCUGGGGGCAGCAGCUGUUGAUCGCUGCCGUAAUCUGUGGUGGACAUUGUACAUUAUGGACCGCCAUUUUUCGUCAUCACUGGGCAUUCCGAUGAUUGUGCAUGAUAGCGAUGUCACAGCAUUAAUUGAUUCCCCAACACAAUCGUGUCAGAGGAACGCUAUGCUAAGUCUGAGAGUGAAGCUAUCGCGGUUAUUGUCCACAAUACUUGGCACCGUUUACAGGACUGAGAGACGGCCCAUCGAAUCAUUCAUUGAGAAAACGAAGACUAUUCUAAACACUAUGGCUGAUCUAGCUCGGGAACUGGAAGACUUUAUCAAUACCAAAUUCGCAGGCCCGGUCAACUCCAUGUCGAAAGGGAUGCGCCAUAUUCUCCUGCUAUAUCACGAGUGUGUCAUCGUUGCCACACGGCCCCUCCUUCUAGCCGUUCUACGGGAGCGUUUGGAUAAACUUGGCCUACCUUUAGAAUGCUGCCGCCGGAUUGUCCCUCUCAUGGAAACACUGAUGUCAACGGGGAUCAACUCGGCGACCAAAAGUCUACAGUUACUUAAAGCUCUAGUGGACGAGGGCCUUCUCGAAUCAUACCUCCCCUUCGACCUCGAAUUUACGUACGGCGCCGCUAUCCACCUCACUAUGGCCAGCGCCCUUGUACCAGAAUUAGUGGGACAGCGAAGCUCCAAUCAACAAGCCCAUCUGAUUCUCGAUGAAAUCAUCAGCAAGGGGAACCGCGUCGCUGAAAUUCGCAAAGCUGAUCUGACUCGUCUCGAGACCUUGUUCGAGGGACUCAAGGAGCGGUAUGCGAAUGCGGCGAAUCACAUCAGUACCGCCUUAGUUCCAGAGACGAGUGAUGAUGCGCAUGAGCAGGAUCAUAGGCCAAAUGACAACACCCAGUUACCGUUCAUCACUGGGGAUAUAAAUGUCUCAGAGGAUGAGUUGCCUGAGCUGGGAUUGACGUCUUAUGAUAUCGCGGCCAUUGUGGAUCAGAUUGAUUACAAUGCUAGCCCGUCUUUCUGGCUAGCUCAGGAGGGGGAUGAUUUGUGA